UUGAUGCAUUGAGCAAAAUGAAGGCAAUGCUGUCCUUUCUUCUACUAAUUUCUAUUCCAGCGCUAAUAUCCUCUGAUUUCAUAAUAACAGAAUCAGAGUUUCCGCAGCAUGGAUAUAUGAGCAGUUCAUCAGAUGUUCUGGAACUGGAUGGAAGAACCCUGAAGAAAAGAAGCAUUGGUGAACAUGGCAAAAAACCUGAGCGGGACCUUGAAAUUUAUGGUAUGAAGAUUGAUUGCAAAGUCACAUCUCGAUUUGCUCACAGCGAGGUAAUCAGCCGGGUAGUGAAUCGAGCCAAUGAAUCAAGGGAAGCUUUCUUUGAAAUGGAACUACCCAAAACGGCAUUUAUUACCAACUUCAGCAUGACUCUAGAUGGAGUGACUUAUGUGGGAGCUGUAAAAGAGAAAGAAGUUGCUCAGCAACAGUACCAACAAGCAGUUUCACGGGGACAGACUGCGGGACUUGUAAAAGCAUCUGGAAGAAAAAUGGAGAAGUUCAAAGUGUCAGUGAAUGUUGGAGCAACCAAAAAAGUCACCUUUGAACUAACUUAUGAAGAAUUAUUAAAACGUAAUCUGGGGAAAUAUGAAAUGCAAAUCAGAGUAAAACCCAAGCAGCUUGUCAAACAUUUUCAGAUUGAUGUACAUGUCUUUGAACCACAAGGCAUUGCCUUUCUGGACUUUGAUGCAAAAUUCUUACCAAAUAAUCUGACGUCAAUUGUGAAAAAGACACUGACUGCAACAAAGGGCCAUAUUUCCUUUAAACCAACUCUUGAGCAACAGCGCAAAUGUCCUGACUGUGAUGAGACUAUUCUGGAUGGAGACUUCAUCAUAGAGUACGAUGUCCAUAGAGACCUGUCUGCCGGUACUGUUCAGAUUAUAAAUGGAUAUUUUGUCCACCAUUUUGCUCCUGCAAAUCUAACCAGAAUCCCUAAAAAUGUCGUCUUUGUGAUUGACCACAGUGGAUCUAUGUCAGGCACUAAAAUGCGGCAGACAAAUGAAGCCCUUUUAAAAAUUUUAGAUGAUAUGAACACAAAAGAUCACUUUGCAAUUAUUAUAUUUGAUGAUACUUCUGAUACCUGGAAAAACUCCAUGUUUCAAGCAACUCCAAACAAUGUGGCUGAAGCUAAAAUAUUUGUACAAACCAUUUCAGCCAGAGGAGGAACAGAUAUAAAUGCUCCGAUGCUGAAAGCAGUAGGACUUCUGGACAAGUCCCAUCAAGACAAGCUUCUGCCUGAAAGAAGUGUCUCCAUGAUUAUUUUGUUAACUGAUGGUGAUCCGAAUUCAGGAGAAUCAAACCCAACAAAAAUCCAGGAGAAUGUUAAAAAUGCCAUCAAUGGCAGGUACAAUGUGUAUUGCCUUGGGUUUGGUUAUGAUGUUAAAUAUAGAUUUCUGGAAAAAAUGGCACUGGAAAAUAAUGGUGUAGCACGGAGAAUUUAUGAGGAUUCAGAUGCUCCCUUACAGCUCCAGGGCUUUUACGAUGAAGUGGCAAAUCCCUUGCUUUUGGACAUUGAAUUGCAAUAUCAAGAGAAUGCUAUUUCAGACUUAACUCAGUCCAAUUUUAAGCAGUUUUUUGAUGGGUCAGAAAUUGUAGUGGCUGGCAAGAUUUCAGAUAAUAACCUGGAGUCACUCAUUGCAGAGGUCUUUGCACAAACUGCCAAUGAAAACCUAACUUUAAAAGCAGAAGUGCAGGUAUCAGAAGUUGAAAAUAUCACUCAGCAGCAGCAAUACAUUUUUGGUGACUUUACUGAGCGACUGUGGGCUUAUUUGACCAUACAACAGCUAUUGGAGAAGCGGGUUUCGGCAGUGGCAAAUGAAAAGAAAAUCCUAACAGACAGAAUCCUGGAACUGUCACUCAAGUACAGCUUUGUAACCCCAUUAACGUCAAUGGUUGUCACAAAACCAGAGGAAAAUAAGAAUGACAGCUUUGUGGCUGACAAACCGUCAGAAGAUGAAAAGGUCCUAAUACAACAAAAACAUUAUGGUCCUCCAGGAUAUGCAUUACAAAAUGUCCUAAUACAACAAAAACAUUAUGGUCCUCCAGGAUAUGCAUUAAAAACAUCAAUAGCCACACCUAGCUUUCACUAUAGAACACCCAGUUUCACUUAUGUUGACAGUGAUCCUCAUUUUAUCAUUUCAAUAAAUGAUCACAGUGAUGCCAUUUGUUUCAACAUUGAUGGAAAACCAGGGGCAAUUCUAAAUCUGGUCACAGAUCCAUCCACAGAUUUUGUAGUAAAUGGAGAAUUGAUUGGAGAGAAGAAAAUAGAAGUUAACAAGAAAAUAAAUACAUACUUUGGAAAGUUUGGAAUUGUGAACAACAAAAUGGAUGUUAAAGUUGAAGUAUCAACUAAAACAAUUACAGUAUUUCAUGGAGAAGACAAGAUUGUUUUCCCCUGGUCAGCAACUGCAUCUUUAACAAAAGAGAGUUUCUCAAUUUCAAUUACGAAAGAAAGGAAUCUCACACUGACAAUAGGAGAUGAUGCAACAUUCGUUAUUGUGCUGCAUCGGGUCUGGAAAUACCAUCCUCUGCACAGAGACUUUCUGGGAUUUUAUACACUUGACAGCCGCAGGUUCUCAAAUAUGACUCAUGGAUUACUUGGCCAGUUUUACCAUGAAGUAAAUGCUGAGAUAUAUAAUAUCCGCCCUGGUUUAGAUGAAGGCAAAUCUGAUGCAACAAUGAUCGUAAAAGGUCACAAGCUCAGAGUAACAAGGGGUUACCAGAAAGACUACAGAUUUGAUCCAAAGCAAGGAACCAAUAUCCCAUGCUGGUUUGUUCACUACAAUGGCAAAGGAUUUAUUGAUGGAAGUCCCACUGACUAUGUUGUUUCUUCUUUAUUUGACUCCCUAAAUUCAUAAGCUGAAAGCAGAUGAUGAGAGUUUAUCCCUUGAAUGACUUUAUUGCACAAUGACUUCAUAGAUCAAAUGCAAAUAUAGAUUAAAAAUCACAUCCAUAAGCACUUCCUGUCUCUUCAAUUAUGUUACAAUGUUUCUUUAUAAUGAUUACUGCCUAUGUAAAAUGACCAAAUUAAGUUUGUGUGUUAAGAAUGGUUGUCAGGUGAGCUCCUUUGCUGAUCCACUGGGCUCCAGUCUCUGAAAAUGUGCAGGCAUCGGGAUUAUUUUCAAAUUUCUACCCUAUGCACAGCAGCAGCUCAACUUUAUGUUAAAACCCUGUUCCAAGAUUACCAUUCAGUAGGGACAGCUGACAAGUUUGAGGAGGUGGAAGGGCCAACUAAUACCCACAAUGUGCAGUCUUCACUGUGGCAAAAUUGACAGCACUGUUAAAGAGUCUGGGGCAUGAGACAGCAAUGUCAUGAAAGGGAGAUGAGGCUGAUCAUACUACAUGGCUUUUCUUAAACAUGACUAUUCAUUGUGAUAACAGUCUCCAUGUCAGUCUGAUGCAAUAUCAAGCCUGUACCUGCAGAUCGUUGCCAACUUGUUGAUUUGAUACAUAAAAGUCAGACUGACUGUUAUUAUAACUUUGCUUGGAUCGCUUGCUGCGCACUCACCUCCUGUUAUGAACACUGUGGGGUUUAUGUAUCCUUGAAGACGUUGAAUAUCCAGAGAAAUUGCCUAGUAAAUAAAUUAGUGAUCUCAAUUUCCUUCCUCUGUUGCCGCAUGGUCCUUGACAUCAUAUUUGGUCAGCAGAUUUUUGUGAAGCUCCCUCAAACCCCAACUCAAAUCUGUCUCCAAGGAACAAAGAAAUUUCCACCAGUAAAUUAAAAGCAGAAAUACUGGUAUCAAUUCUGUAAUACUGUCCACAAAUAGCUAAAUGUAUUUACAUCAAAUGGCAACAAAUGGAAUAUAAGGUGGGUAUCAAUGCCAAUGCAGUGAGAAGGCACUGAAAGAACACUUCAAAAGAAGUGGUACACUGAUUUCAACAUAACAGCUAUUUUGAUUGACAUCAGAGGCAGUGACAUCCUUGCAGGCAUUCGCACAGUUCUAGCACUGAAUGCAAAAGGAAGUGGCCCAGUAAUGAACUGGCUUCAGUACUACUUAUUAUGAUGAAUGAACACUGGACCAAAAGAACACUGGGUUUGGAUGGACCAUAUCACUGCAUAAGGUUCCGUUGUGAACAAUUGUGUGCAGCUCCGAUAUAGAUAUGAAUUUGAAAAAAAGUGCAUUUUUAAGAGUUAUCCAGUAAUUUAGCAAUACAAAAUAGUUCCAAAAGCAUUUUUGAUAGUGAGUCAAAUUACUUGGCAAACUCCAAUGGCAAUACUGAACAAUGUGUCCCUCGUACUAGCAGGAAGCAAAUAUAUGUAUCUUCCAAUAUAUAAAUAGCUCUGAUAAUAUGAGUCUUUAUUAACUAAAUAAUGAAUUGUUCUAAUAAAGUGCAUAAUCUAAAGACAUGUUCUACUCACCAAAGAUAUUCUUGCAUAUGUAGACAAAUCGAUUUUAUUUUAAAUUCAUGUCAAUCCAUAUAUACUGUUGAGUUGCUGCUUUAUAGCCUAUCAUUUCUGAAUUAAAUUUACAGAGCAAAAUUCCUCAAACGUCUCUUGUGAUGAACACAUUUUCACUUUGCAUUAUACUUAGUUCUCCAUCUUUUCCUUUGGAUGUGAUUUGAUGCAUUGGUUUCAUCAAACAUCAAAUCAUAGACAUAGGAGGUUAUUCAGCCCAUUCUGUUCCCAACAGUUAACAAGCAGCCAUUCAGCCUAAUCCCAAUUACUGGUGCUUGGACCAUGGCUUUGUAAGUUGCAGCAAUUCAAGUGAAAAACCAAAUACAUUUUAUAUAUUUUCAGUGUUCUCCCUCGGCUACCAUAUGGGACAGUCAAUUCCAGAUUCCUACCACCCUGUGCGUAGAUAAAAAUCUACUUGAAAUUUGUUAUUUAAUUCAUAAUAAUUUAUUUAUAUGGUGAUUUUGCAGCACUAUUAAACUUCUGUUGAUAUUCA